AUGUUGAAGCAUAUUAAAACUUGUUUGAGAUUAGACACUAGAGAUAUUGGUCAAAUGCUUAUUUCUCGUGAUAGUAGCUUGUCAUUUGGCUCUUGUAGCUUUAAUUCUGAAAAAUGGCGUGAGUUGAUGACUGUUUGUAUUGUUAUGCAUGAUUUGCCUUUCCAAUUUGUUGAGUACAAGGGAUUAAGGGCUAUGCUUCAAUAUCUAUAUCCUGAUGUGGAAUUAGUGUCUAGGAACACUGCUAAGGUUGACUCUCUUAAGUUGUAUGCAAGGGAGAAAAUAAAAAUAAAAAAUAUGUUGGAUGCAUGUCCUGGUAGAAUAAGUUUGACAUCUGAUAUGUGGACUUCAUUGACUACUUAUGGGUAUUGGUGCAUGACUGCUCAUUUUCUUGAUAAGAAUUGGAAGUUACAUAAAAGAAUUCUGAGUUUUUGUCUUAUGCCACCUCCACACACUGGGAUAGCACUAUCUGAGAAAAUCUUUUCCUUAUUAAGUGAUUGGGGAAUUGAGGAAAAGAUUUUCAGUAUAACUUUAGAUAAUGCUGCUUCAAAUGAUGUCUCUGUGGAUGCAUUGCUAAAGCAAUUAAACUUGCGUGGUUUGUUGCCUUUUCAUGGUGAAUUUUUUCAGUUGAGAUGUUGUGCCCAUAUUCUUAACCUUGUUGUGCAAGAUGGUUUGAAAAGUAUUGAUAAGUUAGUUGAGAAGAUUCGAGAUAGUGUUAAAUAUGUUAAAGGAUCACAACAGAGGAAGCAAAAGUUUUUAGAAUGUGUUAAGUUAGUGUCGAUGGGAAGCAACAAAGGAUUGUCUCAGGAUGUGGUUACUAGAUGGAAUUCAACUUAUCUUAUGCUUGAAAGCAUUGCACUUGUAUUCGAUCCACGGUAUAAGACGCAGUUUAUUGACUUUUGCUACAAGAAAGCUUUUGAGCUUAACUCUAAGGAGUUGUUAUCAUUGCGUGCGAAGUUAGAAUCCCUUUUUCACGAGUAUGCUUUGAAGCUUGAUCAUUAUGUCUCACCACCCACUUGCAAGAAAAAGGACAAGGGUAAAGCACCAUAUGGAAUGGAAGUAGAUGAGUCAGAUUUGAUGAAGUUGGAAUUGUAUUUGGACGAGCCUAGAAUAAAACGGAGUUAUCAGUUGGAUAUUCUCUCCUAUUGGAAGAGAAAUCAGUGCCGCUAUCCAAUUCUUGCUGCCAUGGCCCGUGAUUUAUUAUGCAUUCUUGUAUCAACAGUUGCUUCAGAGGCUGCAUUUAGUGUUGGCAGUUGUGUGCUUGAUCAGUUCCGUAGCUCUCUUAAACAUGAGACUGUUGAAGCAAUUGUAUGUACAAGGGAUUGGUUGUAUGGAAAUGAAGGUAUAUUCUUCAAGUUCUUCAUUGUUCUCUUAAAUAUUGUUACUCUCAGUCUCACAAAUGCUAAUUAG